AUGAUAAACUGUGGAGAAAAAAUAUGUCAUGCUGGCGAACCAGUCCCAACAAACUACCGCUGGAGAUUGUCUAAAGGCAUUUGCACCAAACAGCGUGUUACACGAAUACUUAUUCUGGACACCCCAAAUCUAGUCAUCAUAUUGGGCUUGGGCAGUCCCAAUUCAGUCACGUACCCUGCUAAUUCAACUGACGGAUACGUGGCACACAAAGACUCAAUCAAGGGAGGGAAAAUAACUACCAGAUUGCAAGGAGUUCAGUCUUCCCACUCACAUGCUUCAACUGAAAUAAGGGGAAUCACUCUUCUUGGCCUCUGA